CAGUCUCAGCCGUAGAUUUCAGUAAGCCACUGUCUGAAUCCCGACGAAAGUACCAAUAGUUUUUAAAACAAGAUGCGUUUCUUUUUUUUCUUGUUUUCUGUUUACGUUGUGAUAGGUCAAGGAAAGGCUCAACAUCAGCCUUACAUUGACGACAGUUUUUAUCCAAACCUAUCCAAUCAAUACCCAAACUACUAUCCGAUCUCUGAUAGCCGGACCCCAAAUUUAGCUUAUGACAAACGCUUUUUAUUCGGUUCUUUACCUACAACAACAACUACGACGACAACCACAACAACCACGACAUGCACUGUAUCGACCGCUGCAACCUGUAAUACUACUGGUCGAAAAAAAAGAGCUCUUGAAGAGGACGAGGAAAAUAUUGAACCUUCUCCUGUAAACGAAGUUGAAGCCACAAGUGUUUCCGAGAUGCAAUCUGUAAUCAGGAAAGAACGUAAACCUGAUCCUCAGCUUGCAAACUGGCGUCCUGAUUUUCCAUCAUACGAACUUCGGUCCACAAUCGGCCAACGUCCUUUCUCUAACAACUACAAUCCAUACUUUCGUCGUCCGAUGAUUGUAGGCGAUCCAAAAUAUUUCCUGUAUUAUGGUUACACGACAACAACUACUUCUACAGUAACUACUACAUCUCGGUCAACUCCGAUUUGCUCUCAAGCAAGUAGUUUUAACACUUGUUAAGCGCUUUUCAAAUCUGCGGACAAGCGAGAAGUUUCGCAUAUAAUAUUAAUUCGCAUAUUAACCGAUGUCCAUGAACUAAGAUGUAAGGUACCGAAGUUUUAGGCGAUCAAUAAUUAAUAAUGAAUUAAUUGUAAAGGAAUGAAUAACAUGUUCUUGAGAUUCCUUGGAAAUAAACAGACCAAUGCUGUCAUCAA